AGUUUGCAUAUUAUACCGCAGAAAAAAAAGUACGAAUUGCAUAUUUAUUAGAUCAUCUAAAAAUUAUCUCAAAGGAUAGACAAGAAACAAUUUAUUAAGUUAAAUAAUAUUAACAACAAAUAGUGAAUCACUUGUGUAUAUUAUGAGCGAUUGGGCCAAAUCUCAAAAAAACCAAACCAACAAAAACAUAGAAAAAAUGUCUGAUGACGCAUCUAAAUUUUUGGGAGGCAUUUUGGGCGACAUCAGCUCCCGGUCGGCGUACUCACAAAUACUGAUUGGAGCCUCAACUGGCUGGGCCACCGGCUUUGCUACCAUGAAAGUAGGCAAGUUUGCAGCUUUUGCUAUUGGAGGAGGUAUUAUAUUGAUGGAAAUUGCGCAUCAAGAAGGCUACAUUGAAAUCGAUUGGUCGAAAAUAACACGCAAAUUGGACAAAGUCACCGAUAAAGUCGAAGAAGCUGUUACCGGCCAGGAGAAAACUUGGAUCGACAAGACCGAACGGUUUGUUGACCGUAAAUUGGAUCGUGCUGAAGAUCUAUUGAAAAAUAAAUCGAAAUUAGCCAAGAAAUGGUAUAGUAAACUGAUUGGGGAUGAAAAUGGUCCGAAAAUAAAUGAUUUACACAUUUUCUUAACUGCUUUCGUUGGUGGCAUAGCAUUGGGUAUUGCCACUGCUUAAUUAAAAAUGUAUUUUUACAAAAACUCAGCAUAAAAAGUAAACUCAUAAAUGAAUGUUUUGCCAAGAAUGUGUGUUAGACGAGUCAUUUAAUUUUUCUUUUCGUUUUCUUCAUUAUUACUUCAUUAAUAUUAUAGACAUUUAAUUAUUUGUGAAAUGUACUUUUUUUAAACGAAUCUUUUAUUUAUGUAUUUUCUGUUAAUUUAGUAUUACAAAACCAAAAAAAAAAAAAAACUAACAAAAAAAUGCGUUUAAUCGAACAAAAAAUCACAAUAAAUCGAUGAAAUUAUCUUAUAUUUCAAACGAAAA